CAGCCGUGCCCCGUAGUCGUUUGCGACUGUGACUUGACCGUGUACGCGAAUCGCAGUCUCCGUAACGAUGCUUCUCCGUUUAUUGUACAGAUGAACGACAACGCCGUCCAUUAAAUUGUGUGAAAAAAUAAUCGUCCUAUUAAACGCCGUCCGAAUAUGGACGCGGUAUCGCGUAAGAUGAUAUCGCUCAGUCUUGGGCUGAUCGUUCCGUUGAUUUUGGCGCAAGUAAAGUGGUCACAGUGUGGAUUGCCACCGCCGUCGUCCAACGAGAUCACGCAAAACUUUCUUUGGAACGCUGAUGCGGUAGAAUGGAGGAUUGGCGAGUGGGAACCGUGCACCAAGUCCGACGACACUGGGCUGGACGAAAACCAAGGUAUACGGAGAAGGAAAAUUUCAUGCGUUAUGGUAAUCCACGAUGGAGUUAAACUCGAAGAGCCGAUUGAAAUAGAAGACACUAGCUGCCAAAACUUAUCACCCGGCACACCGCCUGUGGAAGUUUGCUCGCUCGAACCAAACCAAGAUUGCGUAGUGACCGAGUUUACAAACUGGACUGCUUGCUGCGGAGGAACACAACGCAGAAUAAGGAGUGUCGUGGUCGAGCAGAAAAAUGAAGGAGCUAAAUGUCCACCUUUGACUGAAUCACGAUCAUGCAAGCCUAAUGAUCAAUCGUGUACUACCAAUAUCUCUAAAGGAUACCAAUUGAAAGUCAACCAAUGGCAACAGUGCAUGCCCUUCUCCGAGCACGUUGUGGGCGAUACAGACGGUAUAAUGAACUCUGGGUCACACGCUGACACAUUCUACAAGCAUUGGCCCCAAGUGGGCACUCAAAAACGGACCAUGAGCUGUUUCGACGAAUCUGGAGUUCUUGUUUCGCUUAGCUUUUGCGAAGACAAACCACUACCAGCUAAUACGAGAGCAUGCAUAAUUGCUCAAGAUUGCGUUGUUAGUGACUGGUCUGACUGGGAGGUCACACAAGGUGGAUGCAUUAAUACCAGCGGAAAAACAAGAUCAGAAAUAGCAGUCAGAAAACGACAAAUUCUCCGUCUUCACGAAGGCCAAGGUUCACCGUGUCCUCAUCUAGUCGAAUCGAGAAGCACUAAUGAAAAUCUACCGCUAUGCACGGACAGAUUCAAGUGGUUAAUAUCAAGUUGGACUAAAUGCUCACAACCGAUCAAUAAUGAAACUGUUCAAUGCGGUGGUGGUCUUCAAUAUCGAAAUAUCACUUGUAUGGAAACUCUGACAGGAAAAAUCAUGGACUCUUCGAUUUGCAGAAUUUUGGACACACCGCCCACUAUUCAAAGAUGUGAAAUACCUUGUCCGAGAGACUGUCAAGUUGGUCGGUGGAGUGAGUGGAGCGCAUGUAUGCCAGCAAGAUGUCCAUCUGACAUAGACGAUGAACCGGAAGACCGCAUGGAAAAUGGAUACAGGAAACGAUCACGACCCGUGUUGAUUCCACCCAGUGAAUUCGGUGUGCCAUGCCCUAGUGUCAACGAAGUACAACCCUGUCAAACACCACAAUGUUAUAUUUGGGAUUAUGACCAAUGGGGUAGUUGUAUGCUUGAUGAUCCUAGUGAUAAAUGUGGUACCGGCCAAAGAAGUCGAUUGGUGUACUGCACUACACACGAGAAGGAAGUCGUUGACAAUUCAUUAUGUGAAGAACUUCAGCCAGCUGCAUCAGAACCGUGUUUAGUUCCAUGCCCAGAAGACUGUGUCGUUUCCGGGUGGUCUGAAUGGAGUGAUUGUUCCAUGGGAUGUUCAAUUAAUUUCGACAUGGGGGUCAGAUACAGAAACCGCACAGUCAUUGGACCACCAGGUCCCACUGGUCGCCCUUGUCCAUCCAAAGAAGAUAUGGUACAAUCUGAGAACUGUAAUAUGCAUAGUUGUUAUGGAUAUAGCUGGUUAGUACUACCUUGGACAGAGUGUAACGGAACGUGUGGCAAGGGAGUAGAAACAAGAGAAGUUUGGUGUAUAAAAGGAAACGACCAGCACGUCGACGACGAAAAUUGUCACGAAUUACUAAAACCAGUAACCAUCAGAGAAUGUUAUAGGGAUUGCGAAACUAAGUUAUGUGCUCUGUCAGAUUGGAGUGAAUGGUCAGAAUGUCCUCAAGAUGGUUGCAUAAGUGCAAAAACGGACUUGAAGAAGUUCAAAAGGCAACGCAGUCGUGUUAUCCUUGGAGGUGAAACUUGCGGACCGGUAUUACAAGAAGAACCGUGCAUCGUUCCGACUAAAAUCUGCCCAAAAUAUUUUUGGGUUUUGGGCGUAUGGUCUCACUGCCAGCUGGCGGCAGGCGAAACUUGUGGCCACGGACUGAGGACUCGAGAUUUCUGGUGCACAAAAGACGACUCACCUAUUCAUGUCGAGCUGAAACACUGUCUCCAGUACCAAAACAUAACGCCGACCAGUGUAGAACGUUGCCACGUAGACUGUCAAACUCCAUGUCAGGUGACUGAAUGGUCACAAUGGUCAUCAUGUCCACAACCGUGUUCCGGUUUACGAACACGGACUCGAGAACUUAUCGGAGACUCUAUGUCGCACCCAGUUUGUAAUGAAAUCAAACUGGUAGAAACCGCCCAAUGCCCGUGCUCGGAGUAUUUCUCAGAACCUACUUCCGAGUGGUCUCUUUGCUUGACCAGCGAAACCAAUGGAUGCGGUACUGGAAUGCGAUACAGGGCUUUGGGAUGUUACGACAUAGACAAUCAUCUCGUCGAUCCAGCAUUAUGUGGAGGAAGCACUGGCAUAGAAGAAGAACCCUGUUUGGUCCAGUGUUCAGUAGAUUGUCAGAUGUCUGAUUGGAGUGAAUGGGGUACGUGCAGUACGCUAUGUGGACCAGGCAUCCAUCACCGUUACAGAAAAAUCGAACGUAAUGCAACCAGCGGCGGAAGAGCUUGUGGUGGAACUGUACAAACGAAAGUUUGUAAUAAUCCUUGUAACAGUUUCCAAUGGAUCACGGGAGCAUGGAGCAAAUGUAAAUUACCGGAGAAAGACAAAAAGAAAGGAUGCGGAGAAGGAGAAAAGUUUAGAACCGUGCGAUGCAUGCACGUUCACACUGGUAUUGAAAUGUCUGAUGAAUACUGCGAUUGGACCACUCGGCCGGAUGGUGUAGACUUAUGUACUGUAGCUUGUCCCGGAGACUGCGUACUCAGUGCUUGGUCAGAUUGGUCUCCUUGUCCAGAAGAGUGUUUGCCAACACAAGAACAACAAAGGACCAGGCAAUUACUUCGAAGUCAAAGUGCGACAGGAGCAGAUUGUCCAAUCGCUAUACAAACGCAACAAUGUCGCAUGAACUAUACCUGCUUUAAAUAUUCAUGGAAAACUAUAACCAAAGUGUCAUGUUUACCGUUAGGAGGAAGUCCAUGCGGUGAGGGUAUGACAGUCGGUGCAGUCUAUUGUCAAAGAAGUGACGGAAGAACUGUGGCAGAUCAAUUUUGCGCAAAUCUACAAAAGCCUAAUCCGUUGGAAAAAUGGUGUUACGUCGAUUGUCCAGUAGACUGCGCUCUUGAGGGAUGGUCAUCGUGGAAUUCAACUUGUUCGUGCAGCGAUAUAGCGAUUUCGCGUAGAGCUUAUACUGCUAUGAAUCCGAGCCCAACGGGGAGACAAUGUCCGGCGAAUCUCGAACAGUGGAAACCAUGUCCAGCUACACCAUGCUACAGCUGGUCAUUAGGACCCUGGAGUGCUUGUCAGCUCCACGGAGCAACUUGCGGCCACGGAGUAACCGCCAGAAACGUGACUUGCACAAGAAACAGCGACGGUCAAACGGUGGAAACAUCUUAUUGCGCGUCUUUGGGCAAACAGAAACCGUUGUCCUGGCAAAACUGUUAUGUAUCGUGCGGACCGGGAUGCACCUUGUCCGAUUGGAGUCAAUGGUCACAUUGCCACGGCGAUUGUCAAAAGGAAAUCGUGGGCUACGAAACCCGAUCUCGAACAGUCAUAUCUCAGUCGCCGGCUGGCACAACCGCAUGCACCGAUCCUUUGUGGGAAACUCGCGACUGCCGCAUACCACCUUGUGUAACCUUCGAGUGGGCGCUAACAGCCAACGCCGACGUUAUUUGCCGUCGGUCUGACGGACUAGUCGUGGCAGAAUCUUCUUGCGACGAAACGGAGAAGCCGAAAUCUAUGUGUAGCACUCUUCAGGGUAGUUAUAUAUGCACAAAGGACAUUUGCAUGCCAGACGAUAAACUGAAAUGUGACAAAUUUGUCACACUGGCCGAUUGGAUGCAAUUAAACGAUGACCCGCGCUUUAUCGAGUUCGUCUUGUGCUUCGGAUUUGGAAUUGUCAUGAUAGGUGCCAUCGCUGUGUUCCUCUACUUCUUGUGUCCAUCAAGAAAAAGAAACCAGUGCAAGUACCACAAGCAACCGGAUUUAGCGUAAAACAAGAUUUUAAUAUAGUGUGUCCCUACAUAAAAUAUAAUCAAAUAAUAUAAAAUAUAACCACCCUUUUUUUCAAGUAUCUAUCCAAUUUAUCUCAAGUUAAGUAACUUUUAUUAGCUAGAUAUUUCAAGUAAACAUUAAAUUUAAUGAAGAAAUAAACAUUUUGAUGAUAUGAAAUCUAAUAUUUCCUACUACUUACUUAUUAGAUAAUAUAAUGAGAAUCAUUACUCAGUAUAUUUUAAUUAUAAUAUCAUAGAUUAUACCAACGACUAUAUUAUAAUUAUCGUUCGUACCAUUUACAUUAAUGAAAAC